ACCAAAAGCUCGCCUCGCCUCGCCACCGAUCGCCUCCUCCAAUCUCCUCGCCUUCUCCUCCUCCUUCUCCCUCGUCGCGCCGCCAUCUCGCGGGGUUAGGGUUCCCGGUCUCUCGGUGUUCGCGAGACGGAGCCUCGGCGGGGGGACCUGUGACUGCGAGGGCAGGCUGUGACAUGGAGAUGGAGGGGUUCGCGAGGGCGGUGGAGGACGGGCUGAAGCUGUCGAAGAGGCUGGUGCUCCCGGGGGGUCUGCCGCCGCCGAGGCCGCCGGUGGGGAUGGAGCGCGGGGGCGUGGGCGGGGAGGCGGCGGCGCUGCUGCCGUCGGCGCCGAUGGCGUACGCGGUGGUGUCCGACCCGGGGGCGGUCGACACCCCCGACGUGCCCAGCUACCAGCCCUACGUGUACGGCCGCCUCGACCCGCCGGCGCUGAUCCCGCUGCAGAUGAAGGAGGUCGACCUCGCCGUCGACUGCGCGCUCGACGAGGCCGCCGUCACCGUCCGCGCGCGGUGGUGGCUGCACUGCAUCACCCGCAGCCGCGAGUGCGAUGUCCGCAUCGUCGUGCCCAUGGGCGAACGGGGUUCAAUUCUAGGAGCCGAGGUUACUGCUGGUAGAAGAUCAUAUAAUACUCAAGUAAUUGAAGUAGAAGAUCAUGCUUCAGAGAAUGCUGCAAAAGCUGAGAAUGGGGGACUCUUGAAACCCCAACUGUUUUUCUUGACAAUAUCACAGAUUGAGGGUGGAGCGGAUAUUUCUGCCACAAUCAGAUGGUCUCAGAAGUUGCAUUACGACAGUGGACGAUUCUCGGUUGACAUACCAUUCCGUUUUCCAUAUUAUGUUAACCCCUUGCCAAAAGUAUUCAUGAAAAGGGAGAAAAUUCAGUUGACUGUCAAUAGUGGUUUCAGUAAAGAGGUUUUACUGCAGGGAACAAGCCAUCCGUUGAAGGAAAAAGGUAGGCAGGGUGAGAAGUUGUCUUUCCGGCAUGAAGCAACUGUUGAGAACUGGUCAAGCAAAGAUUUCACUUUUUCAUACAGUGUUUAUUCUGGUGACUUGUCUGGUGGUGUGCUUGUGCAACCAUCGACAUUGCGUGAUUACGAUGAUAGAGAUAGGUUCUGCAUUUUUCUUUUACCUGGAAGUGGCAACAAAAAGGUCUUCAGAAAAGCAGUUGUGUUUGUCAUUGAUACAAGUGGAAGCAUGCAAGGGAAUCCACUUGAGAAUGUGAAGAAUGCGAUGUCUACUGCUCUUUCAGAACUCAAAGAAGGAGAUUGCUUCAACAUCAUAACAUUUAAUGAUGAGCUUCACUCGUUCUCAUCAUGUUUGGAGCAAGUAAACGAGAAAUCAAUCGCAAGUGCACUUGACUGGAUGAACAUAAACUUUGUUGCUGGGGGUGGUACAGAUAUUAUGCAUCCUUUGAAUGAGGCAAUGGCAUUGUUGUCAAGUGCUCAUGAUUUGCUUCCACAAAUCUUUCUUAUGACUGAUGGAUCAGUUGAUGAUGAACAUAAUAUAUGCCAAACUGUGAAAGCUGAGCUCAUCAACAGAGGAUCUAGAUCUCCUCGGAUUUCAACUUUUGGACUAGGUUUGUAUUGCAACCACUAUUUCUUGCGCAUGCUGGCAUCAAUUGGCAAGGGGCAUUAUGAUGCUUCACUGGAGACCGGAUUAAUUGAGAGUCAAAUACUAAGGUGGUUCAGGAAAGCAUCGAGUACAAUAGUGGCUAACAUCUCCAUUGAUGCUAGGGCACAUCUUGAUGAAUUUGAAAUCGAUUCUGAAUAUAUUCCAGACAUUUCAGCAAAAUGUCCUUUAUGUAUAUCUGGGAAAUACCAAGGCAAGUUCCCUGAGAUGGUUACAGCUAAAGGGUACCUAGCUGACAUGAGAGAAAUCUCUAUUGAACUGAAGGUGCAGCAUAUAAAGGACAUACCCCUUGACAAAGUUUUGGCAGCACAGCAGAUUGGCCUUCUCACGGCAAAGGCAUGGCUUUCUUCUGACAAACAUCUUGAGAGAGAGGUGGUGAAACUAAGCAUUCAAAAUAGCAUUCCUUCAGAGUACACGAGCAUGGUCCUACUUCAAACAUUGGAGAAGGUAGAUGCAGCACAAAAGGUCAAGCAGAAACUAAAAGGUCACAAAGGAGCCGACGAACCACAGCGGAUCCCCCUUCACGGCCUAAAACUCGGAUUCGGCAACAAAGCCGCCACCAGGGAUAACCUCAUCACGGCAUUCGACGACGUGAAACCGCCGGAGACGUUCGAGAUACUCAACAAGGCGGCCGGCUGCUGCAGCCGGCUCGCCGACUGCCUCUGCUGCAUGUGCUGCAUCAAGGCGUGCAACAAGAUGAACGACCAGUGCGCCAUCGUGAUGGCGCAGAUCUGCGCCGCGCUCGCCUGCCUCGGCUGCUACGAGUGCUGCUCCGAGGUUUGCUGCGGAGGGUCCGAUUCAUAGUGGCCAGUCACCCCCUCGCAGCAAACCGGGGCCCUUGUUUCGUGUUUGUGAUGUGGGGAGUGAGUGUUCGAGUGUACAUAAUAGAGUUUGUGAUGAGAAGGAAGAAAAAAAAGCCCGUGCGUCUCCAUACUGUACAGCUUGAUCAAGGAUGGUCAGGUUACUUAGGUCGGUUGUUGGUUGCACAAUUUGCCCAUGAUAGAGCCAUCAGAUUUGGACCUCUCUUAAGUCCGAACCUUCUGGUGCCGUUUUACUAUGCAAGGUAGUAACCCAAAAGUUAGAUUCUUGGAUAAGACUUCCAACUUUUUUAUUGGUUGUUUGGUUUGAGAAAUCAAACCGUCUAGGAUGGUUGAAUCUAUUAGGGGAUCAUUGCAUGAUUUUGGUAUUUGGACUGAGACUACGAUGAUGGGGCAAAUAGAUCAACUUGUGCUGUUUCUUAGAUCAAACAAAUUGAUAGGAUCGAGUGGUCAAUUGACUUCCAAGUUUGUCAUUUGUCAAUGAGCUCCGGUGGAUGGUAUUUAGUCCUGGACAGCUAGUUUGAAAGGUGCAUUAUUGUGUGUAGUGUCGUCCAUUAAUAAGGAGUUUCGGACGUACAAAAACAUAAAAAAAAAUUGAGAACUACUCGGCAAUUCCGCCAGUA